AUGAGCGCUGCGGAGCCAGAGUGCCCGCGGCUGCGCUUCAGCACGCUGCUGUACGGCCCGGAGUGGCUGGGCAACGCAACCAUCACCUGCGUGGCCGCGUCCGGGAAGGCGAUCGCGGUCGGCACGAGCAAUGGGUGGAUCCACAUCGUCGACUACAUGGGGAACGCGGUCUCCGCGGAGCGGCUACACAAGGGGCGCGUCACGGCGCUGUCGUUCGACCACGACGGCGAGCACCUCGCGAGCUGCAGCAGCUCAGGCACUUCCGCCGUGCUCAACCUCUACACGGCCGCCAAGACCGUCCAGGGCUCAGCCCAGGAGCUGCACGCCGUGGCGAUCGAUCCCCGGCACUCCCAGCGCAGGACGCGCGAGUGGGUGGUCGGGGGGUCCCAGGGCCACCUCGUGCUGCACUCGCGCGGCUGGCUGGGCAACCGGCAGGACGUCAUCCACAGCGGCGAGGGCCCCGUCACGCAGGCGGCGUGGGCGGGCGCGCUGAUCGCGUGGUGCAACGGGCGCGGUGUCCGCGUGUACGACGCGCACGCGCACCGCCACGUGGCCAUGUUCGACGUCCCGCGCGGCGCCAUCCCCCUGUCGUCGUCGAUGAGCUCGGCGCAGCGCACGAUGCGGGCGAUCGGGACGCCCGGCGGCGGGGCGGUCGCCGGCGGCGGCGCGAGCGUGGCGAUGCCCGCGGCGGGUCUGUCGUGCCAGGUGGCGUGGCAGGAGGAGUGGCUGCUCCACAUGCGGUUUGGCGACUGGGUGCAGGUGGCGCGCGUGGGGUUGAACGACGCGUCCAAGACCGCGGCGUCGGGCUCGAGCCAGCACUACCUCGAGUCGCUCGCGGCGUUCCAGUCCGGCACGCAGCCCGUCUGCGGCCUCGCGCCGUUCGGCUCGGAGGCCAUUGUUGUCUCGCGUGCCGGGGAGGUCCCGGCGGAGGACGGAACGCCCGCGAGCGGCGCCACGCAGCUGAGCGGCAGCACGUCGGGGUUCGAGGACGACGCGGACGUGGCGUACGCGACGCUCGAGUUCGUGAGCUGCCGUGGACGGCGCCACGCGCUGGACCACGUUGCCGUGCCGGGCGCGCGGAGACCGACGGCGGGCGAGCACGGCGGCGCGGCGGACCCGGAGUCGGAGCUGCGGGUGUUUGCGUACCUGCCCGGUCCGUACUCGCAGGCGCGGGCGCAGUUGGAGAGGGAGCUUGCUGUGGGGCAGCAGGGCCGCGCGGGGGCGCUGGGGAACACGCCGGGCGGCAGCGCGACGGAGAAGGCAGCGCGGCCGCGGAGCGCGACGGUGGACGCGUGGUGGCAGGAGGGCACGGACGAGCCGGGGUACUUUUUGUGGAGUGCCCGGGGGGUGGUGUUGGGGCGGCCCCUGGAGGCGGAAGGGGUGGUGUCGUGGCUGACGUCGCACGGGCUCUUCCAGCGCGCGCUCGACGUCGCCGAGGCGCACCCGGCGCUCAUCAGCGAGGACGUGUGGGCCGAUCUGCGGGACUCGGCGCUGGAGGUGCUGCUGGGGCAAGGCAGGUUCGACGAGGCCGCGGAGCUCGGGCCGAGGCUGCUGGCGGGCUCGAAGACGGCGUGGGAGCGCUGGCUGUACGUCUUCGCGCGGCAUCGGCAGCUGGCGCGAAUCGCGCGCCACAUUCCCACGGGCCCCACCGAGGCGGCGGGGGCCUCGGACGCCCCUUCCGCACGGGGCGCCCAGCCGCCCCGCCUCGACCCGGAGGCGUAUGGCAUGGUGCUGCACGCGCUGUUGACGGACGCGUCUGCGACCCACGUGCUGCACAAGCUCGUGCGGACCUGGCCGAUCGACGUGUUCGAUGCCGAGAGGAUUGUCGAAGCCAUGCAGCACGAGGCCCGCGCCAUGCUCGCCUCCAGCGCGCACGGGCCGCGCAGGUCCAGCAGCGACCUCGCGCCCGUGGCCGCCAGCCCCAAGCGCCGCAGCAGGAAGAGCAGCCGCGCGGCAAAGUCCCCCCAGGGGUCUCCAAUACGCCCCUCGCAGGGAAGCAGGGAGGAGGCCGCGCCCGACGCGGCGGCGCGAACGGCCGAGAUCCCGGAGCGCGCGCGCGCUCUCAUGGAGAUCGAAGUGUGCCUGACGACCCGCCUCGGCCGCCUGUCGGACGCGCUAGCCCUGCUGGUGCAGCUGCGCGAGGAACGCACCUUCGAGUUCGUGCACGAGCACGGGCUGCGCGUGGAGAUCGGCCCGCACGUGGCCGAGCUGCUCGACAUCGACGAGCAGCGCGGCAUCGCGCUGCUGCUCCCCGGGACGCCCGGGAACCGCCUGGGUCCGCCUGCAGCCCCGGUCGCUGUGGAGGACGUGGUCCGGGCGCUCAGCGCGCGUGCCGAGGCCUGUGCACUAGCGGAGGACGCGCGGGGCGCUGAGCGGUGGCGCCGGCGGCUGCUGCACUACCUCGAGGCGAUGGACACGAUCGACCCUGCCUCGGUGGAGCCCCAUCAGUUGGCCUUGGUGGAGUUGGUGGCGGAUUUCGCGCCGGGCCGGCUGACGCCGCUGCUCCGGCGCGGGCAGGCGUACGCGCUGGACGGGGCGCUGCGGAUCUGCGAGGAGCGCGGGCUGCGAAACGAGAUGGUUGUGGUGCUUGGGCGCAUGGGGUCGACGGAGCGCGCGCUGGGGGUGAUCGUCGGCGAGCUGCGCGACGUGCCGCGCGCCGUGGACUUCGUGCGCGCGCAGCGGGACCCCGCGCUGUGGAAGGACCUUGUGGACAAGGUCCUGGACAGCCCCGACCUCCUCGGAGACCUCCUGGACUGUGUGGGGGGGCACCUCGACCCGCUGGAGGUCGUGCGCUCGAUCCCGCUAGGCGUCGAGAUCCCUCGACUCCGCGAUCGCAUCGUCGGCUUCCUCGUCGACACGCGCUGCCAGGCCAGCCUGCAGGAGGCCACCGCCUCCAUCCUGCGCCACGACACGAUGCGGCUGCUUGAGGCGGUGUACCAUACGUCUGCGCGGUCCGUGCGCAACGCGUACUUCUCGCGGACGGACAACGGCGGGGGCGUGCUCUGGGACCGCCUCGACAGCAUGCACGGCCCGACGCGGUGGCUGACUCAAGUGGACGCUGCGCACGUGCCCGACGCGCUGCUGGACGACCGCGGGGGCGAGGGAGCGGCAGAGGGGGCGCUCGAGCAGCAGGCGGGGUCGGGGCGGCUGGAGGGCGCGAUGGAGGGGAGUCUGGAGGUGCAGAAGGGGGAGGUGUGGGGGCACGUGGGUCCGACUGCAGGGCCGGGCGUGCGCGUGGGGCUGUCGCCGCUGGGUGCGGAGGGGGCGGAGUGGAGCGCGUGGGAGGGGCGCGUGAAGAGGAUGCUGCAGGAGGUGGGGCAGGGGGGUGUUCCGCGCGGGCGACACAGGAGGGGGUCCGCGGGGCCGGGGAGGCGGCGGCGGUGA